CAGUAGCAGCAGCAGCAGCCGCCACAGUUGCAGCAACCAGCAGCAAUACAUUGCAGCAGCAACGCAGCAGCAUUAACAACAUGUUUGAUCGCACGGUAAAUGCCAAGUUCAAGCCAACGGCCUCAAAUGCCGGACCCGGCAACAAUCCAGGACGCAGAAACUCCAUGUUGACACCAGCCCGAGGCGUCAGUGUGGCUGGCACUGGCGGAAAUAUACGCAAGCUGACCAAGGUCAACUCGCUGACCAGCAAUCAUCACUUUGCUGUCUGCUAUCCCCCCAGUAACAUCUAUCAGAAUAGCAACAAUGCCGGCAGCAAUUCGGCUUUGCAGCGCACAACAAGCGAGAGUUUGCGUUUGAACUCGCUGAGCCGUGUGGGACCACCCACAGCCACAUCAGUGUCCAGGGCCAGUAGUAACUCCAGUCUGGCCACAUCAAACUCCACAUCGCUGGCCCCCAAAUCGAGCAGCAGCAGUGGUGGCAGCAACUCGACCCCGCAGCAACAACCGGUGGGCAGCAGCAACACUAGCAGCAGCAGCAGCAACAACAGCUUCACCAAGGCCAGUUCGCCCAACAACAAUGGAGCACGUACGGUGAGUGGAGGAACUGCAACGGCUGCCACUGCAACAGGCAGUCAUCACCAACAGCCACAUCACCACCAUCAUCAUCAUCACCACCAUCAGCAUCACAACCAUCACCAGCAGCAGCAGCAACAGACUAGCCUUAGCCAAGGACACGCUUCGUUGACCGUCGCCGGUGUGUCAGCUGCGGGCGGAGGUGGUGGUGGUGGAGGUUCCUCGGCGACCGCUGGUGGUGCCACCAAUCGCAAACCAAAGACGACUUCCUCAUUCGAGAUCACCUCGGUGACGGUGGGCCAUCCAAAGCUAAAUGCGGCCGGCGAUACUGGAGACGAGUCGGCCGAUGAUCUGGACGAAUCUCACACGGAUGACAAUAGUCGGAUAACGGACCUGGAGAACGAAACGCCCUCGAUGUCAGAGGAUACUUUCUCAAAGGAGGAGGUAUACUAUGCCAACAAUGCCCUCAGCACGAAUGCGCCGGUGAUACCGACUAGCUCGCAAUACGGCCUCGUGGUGGUGGAUCCCAUUGGUCCUUCGUUGGGCCAGACGAUCCAGAACGUUCAGGUGAACGUGUCGGAUAACAUAAUCAAUGUGGUGAGUGGUGCCGUCACACCUGGUGGCACUAAGAAGAAGGACGACAACAAGGAGACACAGCAUCGCAGUGAGCGGUUCAAGGUGGUCAAAAUUGAGUCCACGGAGCCGUUUAAGCGAGGACGCUGGAUGUGCAUGGAUUACCUGGAUCACUCGAGUGUGGGUAAUGGUGGUAAUAACAACGAAAAGACUGGCUCUUCUACUUCCGAUGCGCACGCUGCCACGGCGGAUGGUGCAGCAGGUGUGGUCGGUGGGUCAGAGGCCCUGCCUCACAAGACUACCCAGAGUAUGAUUCUGCCGCCCACCCAGAAGCUAAAUGAGAAUCACCUGGAGGCCAACUCGACCGAUGCCAAUUGGAACUAUGCCGAGCAGCAGCAGCAACACCAACAACAGUCGCAGCAAGCGUCUCAGCAAUCCCAGCAGCAAUCCUCGCAGCAGCAGCAACAGCAGACUCAGAUAAGUGCCACGCCCAGUGGGGUAAUGACGGCCCCCGCAACAGUGGUUCACGGGAUGCAUCAACUACAUAUGGAGGCCCAGCAACAACAACAACAACUCUUCGACAGCGUCAAUGCCAAUGCCAGCUCACCCAAUCCACCCGGUGACCCCAACAACAUGGACUAUGCUCGAACGGCGGCCAUGCAACUGCAACAAACGCUGCAACAGCUCAAGCAGCGCGAAGACGCCAUGGACGUGCCACCAGGUGGCUAUCCAAAUUACCAAAACGGCGGCGAUGUUGCUGGUGGGGCGGCCAACAACAACAACAGCGGUGGUGGAGCUGGAGAGUCCCAGCUGAGCACCAGCUAUGUGGAGCAACAGCAGCCAUUGUCGCCGGCACCACUAACGCCCCAGGCCGCGCCCACAUUCGCAGCUGUUGCUGCCGGGCAAUCGCCCAACUUCCAAUUGGAGCAACAGCAGCAGCAACAAGCAACAUCGCAGAUAGAUGGAAUAGUCUCACAGCCAUUCAACCAACAACAACAACAACAGCAGCAGCAGACCCCACAGCAAUCAACACCACAGCAAACAGCAGCAACUGCAACAUCUGUAGUCGCUGCAGCACCACCACAACAGACUUCAAACACUUCCAAUGCAGCGGUAACCACUGGCCAGGGUCAGACAUUGCCGCUGUUAUUACACAUGAACAGCUACGAUAAGCAGCCCAAUCUUGGAGCAGCAGCAACUGGAGCCGCAGCAGCAACAUCGGUGGCUGCCCCGCCAGCAAUUCCCACGCUGCAAUUGCAGAGUGCUCCUUCGACAAUUGCCGAUCCGCAGCAAUUGAUGGUGCCACAACUGCAGCAGCAGGAGGAGCAGCAGCAACAACAACAAACACAACAGCAACAGAUUCCGACAGCAAAUAUCGCGAGUGCUAGUGCCAAUAAUAGUAAUCUAAACCUAACGAAUACGAAUGUUGUGGCCACCGCCGAGGCAACAACAAACACGCUGACCUUGACCGAUGAACAGGCGACCGCGGCAGCAAACACUGCAGCUGCCGUUGCAGUUGCAACCGGAGCUGCAGCAGCAACAGGAGUUACAUCGUCAUCAGCUACAACGCAGCAGCAAAUUCAACAGCAACCAAAUGCAGAAUCCGAGACUGAAAGCUUAAGAACCACUUCGAUCCCUGGCGGAAAUCGGAAACGGGCCUUUAGCAAUCCUCAUAUAGGAGGUCCCAAUGAUCCAACCUUCAUGCACCGACUGAACCCUCAACUGUAUUACUACAACAAAUCGCAGUCGGGCAGGAGUUCCUUUUGCGUGGAUGAGUCCUUGUGGCCAACGAAUAAUCCCAAUGGAACUGUUAGCGAUACCAACUUGUAUAUGGGUUCGAGUACAGAUGAGGACUAUGAGGAGGCCAUUGAUCAGUUUUCCCCCACGAUGUAUACUAGGAAUGCUGCAAGUCGUGCCAUUCCCAUUCCAAGUAGUGCUGGGAAUAGUCCACAACAUCAGAUGCAUCAUUCGCAGCCAAGGUUUGCUGCUGCUGCUGGUGGGAUGAAUCAUUUUUUGGCAGGAGGAGGAGGAGGUGCAGGACCUUCGACGGCGGGUGCUUUCAGUGCCAGCCCCUCGAUCUACGCCUAUCCACAUUCACCCUUCUAUGCCAGUUCACCGGAAACCUCGCUCUCCUCGCCAGUUCAAACUUCCGGAUUGCCAGGACACCAUCCGAAUGUCAGUUCACGCAUAUCCUUCAGCUAUGAUCCUGCCUUCCAGCGUUUGCAAGUGCCCAUUAUAGCCGGAGAUCGCAGACCACGGUCACCGCUGGAAUGUGCCACCGUUUUUGCUGCUGUGGCUGCGGCAGCCACCUGUGGCGGUGCCGUGGUUGGUGGUGCAGCGGAUACCAUGAUCAACAGUGCAUCUGGAACAAGUGCAGUUGCGAUUGAUAACAAAAUCGAACAGGCAAUGGAUCUGGUCAAGUCGCAUCUCAUGAUAGCGGUGCGCGAGGAGGUGGAAGUGCUAAAAGAGCGCAUCUCCGAGCUGAUGGAAAAGAUCAACAAGCUGGAGCUGGAGAACAACAUUCUCAAGUCGAACAUCCCGCAGGAGACGCUGCAGCAGUUGCAGAUGCAGCUACAGAUUGCCGCCCCCCCGGCCACGCCAGCCAUUCAAGCGGCGCCGGCGGCAACGACUGCCGCGGGACAGGCAGUACAGGGCGGUCAGCAGCAGACCGCUGGAACGGUAGCGGUAACGGGAUUAGCCACCAGUCCAGCGUCAGCGGUGGUCCCCACGAGCAUUCCCAACGGCAGCGCCGAGAACGGUGGCAGUGCAGUCGAGUCAGUAGUGGUAUCGGUGGAGCAGCAGCAGCAGCAGCAACAGGUGACGUCAGCAGCGGCAACAGCGGUAACCACAACCAAUGGUCCCAUGUCCUAAGCGCUGCUGUGGCCAAGAACACAGUGUUUGUUUUUUAAGCGCCCACGCUCUGGAAUGUGGGGGAAAAUGAACGUUUUUUAAGAAUGAAAACCGUAAUGUAAACUCAGCCUGGUCUCUUUCUUACCCGGAUGAGACGGGGCCGAGGAGAGCAGCAAAAGUAUUAGGCCACUAACAACAACAACAGCAGAAGAAUCGACAGAUACCCCUACAUGUUAAGCUCAUGUUAGGCUAACCUGUCGUUAAGGACUGUUAUGUUGUUGCUGGCUGUUAAAGCUGCUGCAGCCGCCGUUUUGUUAAUUUCUCGAUUGUGAUAUUUGUUUAACACACAUACAGACCACACACAUGUCACACACACAAGCAUCCAUAUAGAACACAUACCACAUUACACACAUGCAUACACACACACACAGAUAGACUGCACGCUAACAGCGACUGCGGCUGGCGCUGUUAACGUCCGCUGUUAACUCGAAGCGAGUAUACAUGUAGGUGUUCUUUUUAACAUCGCGCUGCUGCGCCACAACUUUUUUGUUUAAUACUUUUUAUUUUUGUUUACCCGUUUGUUUCCACAUUGUUAACGCUACCAAUAAAAACAUGAAAAUCAUAAACAAACCCCAUCUAGAACAACACACAACCACUCACUAAAAUUGGCUGCAAAAUAAUACUUGACGAAAGUAGAAUUUUUGGCCAACAAAGAGACGGACAGAAAAAAAAUAAAAAACAGCAGCAGAAAUACAAAUACAAAUCGAUAAAGUGUAAUAGAGUGCCAGGGAUAAACACAUACAGAAGAAAUAGAAGGACAGAAGGGAAAUUAAAUAUGAAAAAUAUGUGAUAAUUUGCAUUGUGCAGUCAGAGACAUAAGAUGUAAAUUGUAAAAAACGAUAAAGAAAAGCAUAAACCAGAGGAGCGAAGAAAAAGGACAG